AUGUGGGAUCCUACGCACGUACAAGUUACAGUUCAAAGAGCUCGAGGAUUAAUAAUCAAAGGUAAAAACGGAACAAAUAACUGUUUUGUUACAAUUGCCCUAGGCAAAGAAAAAUUUCAAACUUCCGUGAAACAUAAAGCGACUGAGAAUGUCGAAUGGUUAGAAGAAUGUGAAUUGCGUAUUCCGUCUCACGGCAACACUGCAGAAAUUGUUUUAAAAGUUUAUGAUGAGGAUUUUGUUAAAGAUCACUUAUUAGGUCAAGUAUCGAUUCCGUUAAAAGACCUCGAUGUUUAUGAACGUCCACGAAAUCGUUGGUAUGCGUUACAAGGAAAGACUGGUAAAGAAAAUGACAAGAAAAGAGGUGAACUUGAAGUUAAAAUUGGUUUUACUGUAAAAGAAGGAAGUCUCACAGAUCUUAGUAAAAAAGAUAAACAUAAAUCGUCCUUAUCUAGUUUAGCUCACAACGUUGGUGGAAGCCUUAUGAGUAUUGGAAGCAUUGAAAAGCGCAAAGGUAUUAAAAAGUUUGCUAAGAACCUUGGUUCUAAAAUGAAUUUGACUAAGAAAGAUAAAAAAAGUGAUUCAUCAUCUCUUGGUGGAAGUGUUGGAAAUCUAAAAAAUUCGACACUUUCUACACCAGAUCAUUCCACCCCAAAAAGACUACCAGGAGAAGCAGACCCAGGAGUUAUAAGUGAGGAUGAUGAUGAAUUUGCAUUUGAUGAUCUGUCGCACAAAAGUUCUGGAAGUUCGCUUAAUGUCCACACACUCCCUAGAAGCCAAAAAUAUACUCCUUCUCCCAUUAAUGCCUCUCUUGAAAACCUUGGGGGUGGUGAAUUUUUAAGAAGAUCCACAAGCAGCAACUUAGCAAAUCCUGAUAAAUCAGCCCCACAAAAACCAGUUCGCUUAAGCUUAGAUACAUUUACAGCACCACAACUACCAGCACAAGUAUUAGAUAAAAAUGAUGAAUGGUCCCAAAAACUUUAUUCUCGUCCAAAAUCCAAUAGCCAGACUCUUAUUGAUAAAGAAAAAUCAUCAAGCCUUGAAAGAAACAAAAAACUUGACAGUCCAAGUUCCUUGAAAGAAAAACCAAGCCCAAAAUUCUUUAAAAAGUUUGGUAAUAAUAACAAACCAAAGAAAUUAUUGGAGGAGCGGAUAAUAGUCGGAGAAGAAAAUAUUGUUGAAGAGGAUUCUGUUAACCCUGCCUUUAAUAACAUACCAAAAACGGUUUUACAGCAGUUUGAUGGUAAGACUCGUGAAGAUUUAAUUGUGAUGAUUUAUAGCCUUCAGAAGGAUGCAGAAGCAGAAAAGAAGAAAAAUAAAGACUUGGAAAACUAUUUAGAUGAGCUGUUACUUCGUGUAAUGGAAACUACACCAAGAAUUUUACAAAAUCCAUACGUAAGAAAUAACAGCAUGCAUAUCAGAAACAAAUAA